GUUUGGUUUGAAUAGUGACAUUGACAAGUAACAACAACAUGAAGAUGAAUGUUGGUUAGGAUGAAGCUGGUCUUGUAGGCGUUCAGUGUUUAACAAGAUUAUUAAGUUUUUCGUCAUUAAAUUAAAUAUGACAUUCUGGGAAGUAAUUACCAUAAUGCAUGUUAGCACAUUUGCCUUUACUUACAACUUCUCAUAAUGCUCCCCGAACGAUAUAGUCAUGCAAGUAUAAAUACAAAAAUUAAAACGUUUUAAAACUAUGCGCAUUAGGAUAGCAAAAUUCAUUACAGUUUUUGUAAUCCUAUUAAACUUUAUUGCAGUAUAUUUUAUAUGGAAAUUAUUGUCGUCUCAUAGUAAAAUAAAAGUCAGUGAUACUGUUGUAACACCUAGCCCAAUUUUUAACGAGUCUCUUGGAGUCAAGAAGACAAGUAAAUAUCAAAAUGAGGUUACUUUUAUAAUUCGGGCAUUUGAACACUUCGAUCAUGAUAUUGUUGAUACGGUUAGGUCAGUUUUAAAUAUUUAUCCUAAUGCGACAGUCUUAAUAGUUGCAGAUACCCCAGUAUAUCCACCUAUUGUAUUUAAUACGACUAAUUUUGUUAAAUUUGUUAACCUCAAAAUCAGAUUAACAAAUACUUUUAAAGAUAGGACCCCUAACUUACUAAUAAAGAACAAAUAUGUUUUCUUCAUACCUGACUCAACAAGGAUCAACUCCAAAAAAUUGCUUGAAAAAUUAAUAAAUCUAUCAACAAAAGAACCUGACAAAAUUAUUGCAGUUCCCUACAAAGGAACUAAAGAAGUGAAAUGUCUAAGUCUACAUCUAAACAUAAGAGAAUGGCUAAUCAGGUUUGACGAACCAUCCCCAACAAGAGAGUGUGACUCUAUAAAAGGAAAACAUGCGUUAUUUAUCAACACUCAAGUUCUCUUUAAAAUGCCGGACCCUUUCAUGCUGCCGUUUCCUGAUGCUUUGUACAUCCAGUCUGCAUCGAAAUACAUCAAGGUGACUUUGGCCGAUGACGUGGUGCUGAACAACGGUAGAGAGCUAUUCAAGAGUCGUCACAACCAGUGGAAAAUGCAGCAACUGGAGAGAGAGAGGCAGAGGUCCAUGUAUAACAGUCUGGAAUUGAAAAAAGUAAUUAAAGAAAACGGCGUUAUCGAGUGGUAUGGAUGCAGGAGAGAUACACAACGUUGUUUUGGUUCGAUAGUUGAUGAAACACCUGAUUAUCUGUGGGAAGGAAAAUGGACACCUCCUUGCUGUUUAGCUGGACUGCGGCAGACUGCCCGCCACGUGUUGGAGCAGCUGGAGGAGGCCCGAGUCCGCUACUGGCUAGAGGGCGGGAGCCUGCUGGGUGCGAUGCGAGGCGGGGACAUCCUACCGUGGGACUACGAUAUCGAUAUCGGCAUUUACCGGGAAGAUAUCACGAGAUGUACGUGGCUGUUGCGUGCUACCGACAAGCCCAUCACAGAUCCGCAGGGCUUCGUGUGGGAGAAAGCUGUUGAGGGUGACUUCUACCGGGUACAGUUCAGUCAGAUCAAUAGACUACACGUAGACAUAUUUCCAUUCUACUCUCGGAACGGUACGAUGACCAAGGAUACAUGGUUCAAGACACAUCCACAAGACAGGGAGUUUCCUGAAUACUAUUUAAAACCACUUUCAACUAUAGAUUUCAUCGGCCGAACAGUUUCGGCUCCAAACAAUAUACACGAUUUUCUGGAAUUCAAGUUCGGAGAAGGUGCCAUAGAAAAUCCAGAAUACCCAAAUCCAUAUAAAAUGGCUAUCCAUGGACUAUCCAGGGGUCCCGUCGGCAGCUAAUGGAUCAGCUCUAUUUGCAUGUUGAAAUAAUAUGCAGUGGAACCUUAAUGGCUCACCUCAAAAGCCAGAAUUUUUAUAAAUCCCUAAAGAAUUUUCUUAAGGCUGAAUAUAAAAUAGCUACACAACCUUACAGUGGGUAGUAACCCCAAUAAGACAAAUUUUAUAUCAUCUGAGACAGAAAUAGCAAACCUCUGUAAUUCAAAUAUUUAUAGUAUUAGACAUUUAUAACUCUAAAUUAACCUUGGUGAGGUGAAUUUCCCACAUCAAUAUCCCCAAAGUAAACAAUGAUCCAGCAAUAUAUUGUAGUGAGAUCUCACUAUAUCUUGUAGUAUAGUGAGACUGUACAUGUAUGUCAGAUAUAACAUUGGGACAACAUAGUACAUACAAGGGUCAUUCAAUAAUUAAAGAGACAAAUAGGUCUAGAGAGGAAACAAUUUAUUUUUACAAAACAACACUUUUACUACUUUUCAACAUACUCUUCUUGAACAUUUAUGCACUUGUUCCAACAGACCACAAGCUUUUUUAUACCAGCUGCAAAGAACUAUUUAUCUUGGUGUUUGAGCCAAUUUUCCACAAAGUUCUUGACAUCCUCGUUAUCCUAGAACCUCUUUCCACGUAAUGCCUCCUUCAGCAGACCAAACAAGCGGAAAUCACUUGGUGCUAAAUCAGGACUGUAAGGGGGAUGAGGCAGUACUUCCCAGACCAUUUUGUUAAUAUUUCUCAGGUUAGUUGAGCAGUAUGAGGACGUGCAUUAUCUUGUUGGAGAAUCACACACAUCUUUGAGAUCCACGACGUUUCUCUCUCAUUGCUGGCUUCACUUUGUUCAAAAGCAUAUCCAAGUAGUAUUGGCUGUUAAUUGUACGCUACUCUUCAAGAUAAUUUUUUAAAAAACUGGAUCUUCAGCAUCCCAAAACACUGUCAACAUGACUUUUCCUGCUGAUGCUUGGGUUUUGAAAUUUUUUUCUGAAAGGUGAGCUGGUGUGCUUCCAUUCCGUGCUUUGCCUUUUUGAUUCUGGUUCAUAAUAGUGAACCCAAGUUUCAUCACCUGUUAAAAUUUUGUUAAGGAAUUGCUCACCUUCUCUUUCAUAACGUUCCUGUAGCUCUGUGCACACUCUCAACCUUGUUUCCUUGUGUAGCCGUGUCAACUCCUUUGGGACCCAUCUUCCACAUGUUUUGUGGUAUUUCAACUUGUUUUUAAUAAUGUUAUGAACUGUACCCCUCACAUGAACUUUUUAAACUAUAAUUUCCACAGUGACUCGGUGGUCAGCACGAAUUACGUCAUCAAUUCAACUUUCCAAUGAGGGAGUUGAAACUUCAACUGGUCGGCCAGGACGGUGUUCGUCAGUUAUAAAAUCAGCUGAUCAGGGCUAUCCCAGUGAUGCCAACUUAAAGCUAUAAAAUUAACAAAAUUACUGUACCAACGGUUUUCUCCCAAGACCUGUUUGUCUCUUUAAUUAUUGAAUGACCCUCGUACUUUAAAGUCCAUUGUCAGUUCCAUGUAUGAAACAAAGCUGAUAAUGUCUAGGGAAGAAAGGCUAGACAAACCACAAUAUCAUUGUUUUGCCGACUUUAUCUCAUUGUAGUGAAUCUCACAAACACAUUUUUUACAUGAGCCUACUCAGAUCGUAGACUUAUUAAAUUCUAAAAUAAUAAUAAUAUUGCACUCUUUACCCAAACCUAGACAUAGAAUAUAGUAAAACAUGGCGUCAGACAAAUUUUCUCUACUAUAAUUGAAGAUUACAAUAGUGUCGACAACACAGUUAUGGUGGGAAGGUUUCAUUCAGUGGUAUUGUUGAGUUAGCUCCAUUUCACCUUGUUCUCAGUGCAGUGUCUGAAAUCUGACUCAGAGUCCUUUACUCUGGAGUUCUCGUCCGUCUAUAGAGAUCCAAAAAAAGUUGGCUGUAAAUGGUAUGUUUUAAACGUCUAAUGAAUUUAAACUCAAUAUUUGCAUUAAAUGAGUGUUAAUGUUUUUCAGUUAUUUUGUAGUAUUGUAUUAAAUAACAAUACAUCUAAAUCAACAAAUUUCAAAUAAAAUCAUCUCUGUUAAAGUUUUAGAAGGAUAAUAAUAAGUGUUAUUCUUUUCAAGUACAUACAUCUGAUACACAUAAAUAAUAAAUAUACAUUUCCUAAACAUCUACUUGAUAAUGGGUACUUGAUGGUUGUCAGGUUUUUAGGAUUAACUAUUUAAACAAGGUAUUUUUACACUAUCUAACUUAUUUCACUGUGUAUAGAAUGUACAAAGAGAUUGAUUGAUUCAUAUUUCUUAUUGCUCCUGACUCAAAAUUAGUUCAAAAAACAUAAUAUUGGAGUAUUUGUUUAUAAAUUAUAAAGCCUGUGUAUUUAUAUUAAUAAAUAUACCUCUGUGUGUAUAUUUAAUAUUUGUAAGGGUGUUCUUUUCAAAUCAGAUCACGGAUGUUACACUUUGAAUUGAUAAUGAUAGAUUUAAGUCUUGUUGUUACACUUGAUGGAAAUUCAGUUAUUAUUUAUGGUGCUCCAUUGUCAACAUAGUCUCGUAAUCUACAUGUAACCUUACACACUGUAAGACUCCUACUUCUCAACAGCUGAUUGUACCUGUGACAUAAACUCCUGUAGCUUCCACUAGAGAAUUCAAAUUCUCUAUGAAUUAUCGUGAUCCGUUUGAUAUUUUUGUGUCUAUAUGUCGAUAGAAGAAAUAUCAAGGUUAACAAUAAGAUGUUUUCUGUAAAUAGUUUUAAAAAUUAGGAAUGUUCAGUACAAUAAUAUGAUAUUUUAUUUUUAGGUUCCUUUGAUAAUGUGCCAACUAAUAUAGUGUAAUAGAACCAAGAUAGUAUUUGUGUAACGUAAUAAUAAUAUUUUGCAUCUUUAAGGUGUCUUUUUAGCUGUUACCGAACUACAAAUUGUAUGUUUGUAAGUUUAUGUGAUAGUGAAUGUUAUACUCAUAUACAUGUAAGAUAUUAUAUUGUGUAUGUUUAUUUUAAAGCCAUGUGUUAAUAUAAUUUUCAAACAGAUCGAAAUCUUUAAAAAAACUUUAUUUUUAAUACUAAAACAUUGAUUAGUUUGUAUAAAGCUGUGAUAACAUCUGUUUGUACAACAUAAAACUUCAGCUGUCUCAUUAGAUAUUACUAGUGGCAUCUAAAUAUGUGUGAAUUCAAAUGUUGUUGUUGUUGUUGUUGUUGUUGUACAAUAUUUUUCACAUUUACUCAUCAACAUAUGUUGUAUGUGUGUAUGUAUAUUUAUUUGUCUAUAUAUGACAUGUUACCCAUGUAACAUCAUGAUGAUUGGUACCAUACAAAUUUGAAGAUAUAAUAUAGUAUUCAUUGAUCGAUUUGAAGGUUCAAUUUAAAAUAGUCAUUCUUGAAAGCUGUGGUGAUUUGAAAUUGUUGCCAAUUACUUAGUUUAAAUAUUUCCCAACUAAUAAUUUUAGAAAAUUAUUUGGUUCUCUAAAUGUUAUACAAAACUUGCUGUAUGUUUAACAGUUACUUAGGUAUAUAGGAACCAGUUCCCUUAUUUUGUGUGUUGUAAGUUUUGUGAAUUUUAUUGUUCAGCAUUAUUUUGGGUGAAAAUAUGAUCAAAUAUGUGAUACCCCUUGGACAUAUUCAUCCACCAUUGUAUGUGUUUCCGAGCAUAUUAUCUGAUACCAAACAAACACCGAAAUAUUGAUGAAAUUUACCUUGUUUAUCUAUUUCCCAAAUACAUUCAUUUCAUUUCUGAA